AUGGCCGAGGAGAAACCCAACUGCAAAGUCAUACUCGCAAAUAACAUUGCCAAAAGCCUGCUGGAGGAAGUCCGCGGUGGCCUCAGCAAGAUUGAUCGCAAGCCACUACUCGUAGGCUUCCUGUCCAGCGCAGAUCCCGCCGCGCGCGUCUACGCCGAAUGGACGGGCAAAACCUGUGUCGAGAAUGGCUUUGCAUUCGACUUGCGCGAAGUGGACCGUGAAUUGCUCGAAGACCAGCUCAUCGAAGCAAACAAUGAUCCCUCCGUCGACGGCAUCAUUGUCUACUACCCCAUCUUUGGCAAUCGACAGGACCAGUACCUGCAGCAGAUUGUGUCAAUCGACAAGGAUGUCGAAGGCCUGUCCCAUCGAUACAUUUUCAACAUGUACCAGAACAUCCGCUUUCCUGGACCCUGCAAACACCAAGAAAAAUUGCACGGACGAACCAUCACCGUCAUCAACAGGAGCGAAGUAGUCGGCCGGCCGCUUGCAGCCCUGCUUGCCAACGACGGUGCGCACGUAUACAGCGUGGACAUCAACGACGUGCAAGAAUUCACCCGGGGCGUCGGGCUCCGCAAGCGACGACACGAAGUCGUGGAGAAGCCCGGGUGGACAAUCGAAAACUGCCUACCCAUCAGUGACGUCGUCAUCAGCGGUGUGCCGGGCGACAAGUACAAGGUGCCGCUGGAGACGAUGAAGGACGGCGCCGUCUGCAUCAACUUCUCCAGCGAGCGCAACUUCACCCCCGAAGUCAAGGAAAAGGCUUCGAUAUAUGUGCCCGCUAUCGGCAAGGUGACUAUCGCGGUCUUGUUGAGAAAUCUACUGCGACUAGCACAAAACAGAAUCGAUGCGGCUGCCAACAAUGUAGAAAGCAAGUCGUCGGAAGAAGCCAAUGCCCUGGCUUCAUCAUGA